GACAGACCUAUAAAUCCAAACAGAAAUGUGCUGAGUUCUUGUUCUUCCUACCAUGAACUAGCAUAGUAGAGCAUCAGUUCAUUUUAAGAAAUAAAGAGGUAUUGAAAAUGGAAGGUGGGUGGAGUUGGGAUCAAACGUCACUCGUUGGUGAGAUAAUUCAGGGGAUGGAGCUUACCAAGCAAUUGAGAGCAGAGUUGAGUUCAGCAUCUACAGAAGAAAGCAGAGGAUCAUUAAUACAGGGGAUUUUAUCUUCAUAUGAAAGAGCUCUUUUGAUACUGAAACGGAACGCACCAAUGAAUCAGCCUCCGAUGCCGGAAGUAGCCCCUGGAUUGCCAGGGUCACCAAUUUCUGUCAAUGGAAGUGCUUCUAGUGAUGACUCUGGCAGAGGCCUCAAGGACCCUCAGCAGGACCCUAGAAAGGAAUCAAAGAAGAGAAAGACACAGCCCAGAUGGAAAGUACAAGUGAAAGUGAACUCUGAGACAGGAUUUGAAGGACCCCAUGAGGAUGGUUAUAGCUGGAGAAAAUAUGGCCAAAAGGACAUACUUGGUGCAACAUAUCCCAGAAGCUACUAUAGAUGCACUUUCCGUAAUACUCAGAAUUGUUGGGCAGUAAAGCAAGUGCAGAGAUCAGAUGAAGACCCUUCUGUGUUUGAAAUUACAUAUAGAGGAAAACACACUUGUUCCCAAGGGAACUAUUUAGCCCAAUCAUGUCAUUCACCAGAAAAGCAAGAAAAUAAGGAAAACGACCACGGCCAUGAUCAUCAUCAGAAGCAGCCUGCGCAAGAGAGCUUAUUUGGUAAUCAAACUAUUGAGAACAUCGAAAAGCUCAAAAACAAGGCAUCGACAUUCUGCUUCGGCUCAACUUCUGGUGGAUGUAAGGACAUUGUAAAUGGUGGCUUUUCCCAUUUAGCCAUUGACACUCACACCGCCUUGGGAAGCUUUUCUCAGUCAUUUAUCUCCCCAACCACACCUGACUCAAACUACUUCACUCCAUCCCCAUGCCAAAGGAGCAACAUAGGAGGGACUCAUAAUAUGCAACCUCUAGAAUCUGAUGUCUAUGAGAUUUUCUCGGCCAACACUUCAGCUACCAACUCCCCUAUCCUGGAUUGGGAUUUUCCAUUCGAUUCGGAGCAGAUCAACUCAAAUUUCCCAUUUAACUCCCCAGGAUUUUUCUACUAAAUCACUUGGGGAUAAAAAUAAAAUUGCAAAUGGUUAAUUACAAAUCCUUUAGAAUUUAGCCUCAAUCAUGAACCAAGACAGAAGAAGGAAAGGCCGCCCCUAUCCAGGUUUCAUUUUCUAAAUUCUUUGCAAAGCAUGGUGAUUAGUAAUAUAACUAGCAGCUUCAUUUUUGGUUCUUUUAUUAAUUUUGUUCCCAAUUGAUUUCCUACAACAUUAGACUAAGCAAUAGCACGUCUUGUUCGAAAUUAGGAAGCUCCCUUACAAUAGUAGUAAUUGAAAAAUAUAUACUAGUAGUUUAUCAUGCAUUUUCUA